AAAAUGAACAUAGAUCAUCUCAAAUAAAAAAAAAAAAAAAAAAAAAGACUAUUUUCCGUUUGAAUUUGCUUCUCCCUGGACUACUAGGUCAGCAGUGGAUAAAAACGAAGCUGAAGGAGCCCGAAUCCACCAUUGAAGCAAACAAAACAACGUCAAUGACUUCCUCCCUCAUGUUUCGUCGCUUUUCCUGUUUUCACUCUCCAUCUUCUCCUUCUUCACUUUUCUCCAAGAAGAAGCCCCUCGUUUUCCUGGGUUCUCCUCAGGUCUCAACCGCAGUUCUUGAUGCUCUUCUUAAUGCAUCUUCUUCCGCCGAUGCAGCUUUUGAGGUUGCAGCUAUUGUUACUCAACCACCUUCUAGAAGGGAUAGGGGGAGAAAGCUGAUGCCUUCUCCAGUUGCACAAUACGCCCUUGAUAAAGGCUUCUCUUCUGACCUUAUUCUUACGCCUGAAAGAGCUGGAGAGCAUGCUGUGAGAGUGUAUGAGGAGUACUUCUACAACGUUGGGCAUCAAGUUUAUUUCUUUCACCGAAGAACCUUGUAUCUUUAUUUUGACACGUUCUUGAGCACCUUGAAGGCUUUGCAACCUGAACUAUGUAUUACAGCAGCAUAUGGAAAUAUCUUACCGACCGAAUUUCUCAACAUUCCAGCAUUGGGGACGGUCAAUAUUCACCCAAGUCUAUUGCCAUUAUAUCGUGGUGCUGCCCCUGUUCAGAGGGCAUUGCAGGACGGUGUUAAGGAGACUGGCGUAUCACUGGCAUUCACAGUUCGUGCAUUGGAUGCUGGACCCGUCAUUGCUUCUGAAAAAUUUGAAGUCGAUGAGCAUAUCAAGGCACCUGAUUUACUUGCAUUGCUAUUUUUAGAAGGCUCUAAACUCUUGAUUCGGGAACUUCCUUCUAUACUUGAUGGAUCUGCUGAAAAGAAAGCGCAACCUCAAGAUGAAUCCAAAGCUACCAAAGCUCCAAAGAUAGCUCCCGAUGAGGCAUGGCUAUCAUUUGAUCAAGAGGCAUAUGUCCUACACAACAAGGUUCGUGCAUUUGCAGGAUGGCCUGGAACACGAGCUAAGAUUGUUAUUGUUGAUGAGAAAAGUGGUCGUGACGAUAUUCUAGAAUUUAAAAUCAUUACUACAAGGCUAAACAUCAAUUGUAGUAGUCAGGAGACUCAAGCAGAUGAGAUCCGCUUUGUCAAGGACGCUUUGGUGUUUCCAUGUGGAGGGACCACGCCACUUGAGGUAUUGGAAGUUCAAUUACCUGGAAAGAAGGUCGUUAAUGCAAGCGCUUUCUGGAAUGGCAUGCAAGGUAAAAAGUUGAAGAAAUUUGAUGCAAGCAAACAUUUCUUGCACGUGUAAUCUGAUAUUUAGAUGUUGGAUCUAGGUGAAGAGAUUUGUUCAUUCGUGGUAUUUAGAUGUAAUCUAGGCGAUGCAAAUUUCUGUCUCGUAUAUAGAGUUAUUUUGUUUUCUUAUUUGUUAACGUUAUUGAAAUGUUGAUUGAUUUUAAAGUGAUCUUGUUUGAGUUA